AUGUCGCGCAGAUAUUCAAGAGACAUGAAGUUGAGAGCUCUUGCUAGAAUACAAGAAGGUGAGACGAAAGCCUCCGUGGCUAGAGAAUUAAAUGUCCCUGAGUCUACCAUAAGGGGGUGGUGUAAAAGUAAAAAACUGCAGGAGCAAGGCCAAAACAUGUACCCCAGACUAACUGCAAGACACGAUUUCAAUGAAAUGAUGCAGAUGAGGCAGCAGAUCAGCUUAGCUGCUUCACAAGAUGAAAAAAGGGCUGUUCAUCGUACGUACAAGCAGGACAAGAAGGAAAUUUCUUAUACCCAGGCAAAUCAAGUUGGGAAUUCAUCGAUUAUGGAUGACGAGCAAAUAGUACAUCCUAUCAACAUCGCGGUCAAGAAAGAGCCCAUGGACGAAGACAUCGACCUUGAAGAAGCGUUAGAUCAUGGAAAGAAAUAUCUCCAAUGGUUGGAGACAUGUGGACAUCCCAGUGUGACAAUGAUGCAUGUUGAAAGUAUAAGAUUGCUGUUGAAUAAUCUUAAAGCUAGAAAGUGA